UCCCUCGGACCUCUUCCCCCGUCGCAAUGGACGUGUUGGCGAAUUACAGUAUCUUUCAGGAGCUACAGCUGGUCCACGACACGGGUUACUUCUCGUCCCAACCUUCCCUGGAGGAGAACUGGCAGCAGACCCGCCUUGAGUUGGAGCGUUACCUUCAGACGGAGCCAAAGAGACUGUCGGAGCCGUUCUGGGAGGAGUUGGAGUGUGCGCUGAGCACCUCGUCGGCAGAGAGCGGCGAGGGGGAGCUGGCGGAUUCCCCGGAGCCCCCCGAGGACAUGGCAGAGCUGCCCUGCACCCCUACCACCCCGCACAAGCUGCUGCUGGCAGUGCCCCUCGCCUUACACCGCAGCACUGAGCAGCUCGCCGAGACAUACGCUGCCGUCAACCCCGCUCAGCUCAACGCUGUGACCUCGCUCACCCCACCCUCCUCGCCGGAGCUCGGGAGGCACUUGAUCAAACCCUUGCACGUCCUGGGUGCCGCGGAGGACUCGCCCACGGGCAAAACCGGGCCCAGGAAAGGGGGUCUCGGCCAGCCCAGGGGGGCUGGCAAGGGCGACCAGGAGGGCUCGGCGGACAGCAAGAAGAGAGUACACCGCUGUCAGUUUAAUGGCUGCCGGAAGGUUUACACCAAGAGCUCACACCUGAAGGCUCACCAGAGGACGCACACAGGUGAGAAGCCGUACAAGUGCUCGUGGGAAGGAUGUGAAUGGCGUUUUGCACGAAGCGACGAGCUGACCCGACAUUACAGGAAACACACGGGAGCCAAGCCAUUCAAAUGUAACCACUGCGACAGGUGUUUUUCACGAUCCGACCACCUGGCUCUGCACAUGAAGAGACACCUUUAGAGAAGUGACCGCAUCACACGGCACGUGGCUCGACUGUUAAGAGGGGGAAGCAAUAGCGGACUCGCCUCUGGAAGCACGGAUAACAUGGCUGGCUCGUCACCGUGGGGUGUGUGGCACUUUAUAUGUUCGCUGUAUUAGGAUCAACACCACCCCCCCUCCCCUCCCUCUCCCCCAUACACACUUGUCUCUUGGUCAUGCCUUACCCAGUCGAUCGGUCAGUUAGACACUGCCACAUGAUUGCUGAUUUAAAUCGCACUUGGAUUUCUGUUGCCAUGGAAGCCAAAGGGGAUUACAGACUGAGACCACACCAUCUUCCCUCUCUCUCCCCAGCCCCCCCCCCUCCCCCCACCACGAGAACAGUCGGCCUCUUCAGUAAAUAACUCGUCCUCUGAAUCAGACAAUCUCGGGAUUGCUUCUCUCACCUGGGAAUAGUUUCCGCAAUCUCACUCUUCCAAGGGAGCAAGAGGAAGGAUUUCUUGUGUUAAGGAGGAAGCAAUGGAGGUGUUGUGGUGGCAGGGUGCUGUGUUGAUGUGAUGCCUCCACCGUGACUAUCAUUCAGUGUCCACUAUUGAUCCUGUUGGUGAGGGUUAUGUGUUGUUGCCUAUUUUUUUUUAAUGGCGUUGGACUGUAUAGAACCGGCAUGAGUCGCUCUCUCCGACUUUCUGAACUUCAGAAAGUCUACAGCAUAUCCUGCCUCUCCCUCUCUCUUUCUCCUCCCCCCCCCC